UAAAACUUAACAAGAGAGCACGAAUCUGCGAGACCACGAUCCGUAACGUAACCGAGAAUAAUAAAAUUUUCCGUGAUUGUUUCUGAAAGGUCUUGAAGUAAAGUACCAGUUGGUGUUAGAAAUUUAAGUGUGUAAUAAUAACAAAUUUCGUUUGGAGUGUCCGAUAAAUAUUUUUUUGUUAAUUUGGUCUUUUUAACUGCGGUUAUAAAGACCCCGGACAGUGAUAUUUUACGUUGAAGAAAAAUAAAAAUAAGCCAAGACUAUAAGGACAGAGAGCAGAAGGAAUAUUAACAUGAGCUGCUUGAACUUCCAACAACAAUCCAAUAAUUUGUACUACGAAUUGAACAAUAAGGAAGUUUAUUUGUCAACUCAUCAGCAGUACCAGCAUCACAUUAUUCGCCGUAUUAACCACAUUUGUAUGCGAAAGGACAAGAUAAAGAAGUUUAAGACAACGUUGUUUAGAAGAAAUAUCAAAAUGCCUACUGUUGGAACAGUUUGUUGGUUGGCAGCCUAAAGGGUUAAGAUUUCAUUAGGAGCUCACGAAGAGUUCGAACAAUUCUAUUCAAAAUGGUUGCUCAAACGAUCACCCGCGCGAGUCGCAGCGACGAUACCGACAAACCCGUCAACUCUGAUAACCACAGACAUGGUUUUUUCGCAAACGAGUCAAAAGACUCCGAGCAUUUUGAAAGUGGUAGAGCUAAAUCGUUUAAAGCCAGAAAAGAACCAGAAGGCGAACGGUGCAACCGGAGUGGUUACUAUAGUAGAUACACAGCCAGGCCCGUCGCAGCCCGUGUCGCCAGCCGAGUCGCUACCCGUGUCGACAAGCAACUGCAUGGAGGAGUUUCUGAAACUGGAACCGGAGCAAUUCGAAACAAUGUAUCAAAGUUCGGACUGCGAGUUCUUCCAAGAUCUGGGCCUCUGGUGCUCCGAUCCCGCCAAGGAAGAACAAGUACUGACCAUUGAUUCACUAACAGCAGACACUAAAGCCAACAACACAGACACACUAUACACAGUAUCGUCCCCGGUCGAGCAGGCCUCGCCUGUCUCGGCCGACGGCUUCUUCAAUCACGACGGUCACUUCUACCCAGACCUCAACAAACAGACACACUUCCAGGAGCAAUUCCUGGACAUCGCCUCUUUGCCCGUCGUGAUUGGGGACGAGGGCCCGGCGGUCGCAGACUACUGGGCCCACACACACAACACAGAUUACACUGAAACAUACACCGACACACUAUUGAAGACUCCGUUUAUUGAUCAAGAGGACUCUAUGGAUUUGAAGAUAGUGCCGCUGGAGAAGCUGGAGUGGAGGAAGAGCGAGCGGCCCAAGCUGCGGCUGGACGUGGCGGCGCCGGCCUGGCCCGACCUCGCCAUCACCACGCCCGAUGUGCUCAGCUAUGUCGAGCAGCUAGAGAAGGAGAAAAGCUAUCCCAUAGAACAUAAUCUCAGCAGCGAGUGGCCGACAACGGAAGACACAACCAUGUUCGCAUCAACGGAGACCUCCAAAGCCAACAGCCCAGCACACUUAGAGUACGAGCCCAUCACACCCAAAACGGAAUCUCACAUCGAGUCGGACGACGACAUCAAGUCCGUCACGUCACGGAAGCGAAGACGCGACAGUGAAGACUCGGAUGAGACGUAUAGACCGGAGAAGAAGAGUAGCAAGAAGUACCGGAGACGCAAGCCGAGCGUGCCCAUCCAGGACAUGAUACAGGCGCUAGAGGAGUCUCGACCGGCGACCAAGGCGCGGCGCGGGAGGCCCCCCAAGCGGCGGGACAGCAACGUGUCUUCAAUAUGCAGCGCGGGGCCCUCCUCUACGCCCGACAAGUACCGCGAGGUGCGGGACAAGAACAACGAGGCGUCCAAGCGCUCGCGCAUGAACCGCAAGCUCAAGGAGCUGCAGAUGGAGCAACUGGCCCUGGACCUGGAGGAGCGCAACAAGCGGCUGCAAGUCCGCGCCGACGUGCUCGAGGACAUGACCAAGCGGCUCAAGGCCGCCCUCAUGACCGCCAUCUUGAAGCCCUGAACACCAGCCACCGAGCCAGUGAAGCGCCUAGUGUUGAAUUGAACUUGCGUAAAUGAUUUUACAAUAUACGUAAAUACACAUUUACAUGGGCAAGAUUGUUAACAGUUCGUCUAAGUAUGUUAUUUGUUACGUAAUAGUGUUGUUAUUCUUGGAUCGCGGGCGGAUGCCAUGAAUGAAAUAUUAUAAUAAGUUGACGUUUCUAAGUACUUGCCGAACUUUGUAAUUAGUUUAACUUUCCCGGAGAUGACAUUUGAUUAAUUAAUUGUAGUUUUAGACAUAAACUAAUAUACAUUAUUGGGAAUUUCUGUCUUUGCAUAGAUGAUAAAUUAAUAAUACACUUACUGGAUUAUUCCAUAUUAAUAUGUGAGGUACCCACUUAUGGGUAAAUUGUAGUGUUAAAAAUUCUGUUUACCUAUCAUAAUAUAAGCUUGACAUACAUACAAUAUAAUUGUUUAAAUUACUUAGUUGUAGGUAAACGGACUUAGAUAUUUGCAUGGUAUUGAUUAAAUAGCACGUUUUCUUUAUUUUGAAAUAAAAUUCGCAUCUU